UAAGAGGACAGAUCAGAAAGAGAGAGCCCAGAGACUCCCAGGCUCUACCAGCACCCCCUGACCUAUCACACCAUGGCCUCCUUACUGCUCCUCUCACUGCUGGUUUCUAUCCAAGGCUGUUUGGUCCUUAGCUCUAAGAUUGUGGGUGGCAGAACUGCCAUUCCCCACUCUCGGCCCUAUAUAGUCUCCCUACAGCUUCAAGGGAGUCACUUCUGUGGGGGAACCUUGAUCCACCCUCAGUUUGUGAUGACGGCAGCCCACUGUGUCGCCCGAAUCACGCCUCAAUUGAUGAUGGUGGUCGCUGGAGCCCAUGACUUGACACGCCCUGAGGCCUCCUGGCAGACCUUGGGUUUUCAGCGCCUCUAUAUAAGCAACUACGAUGAAACCCUGAAACUCAAUGACAUCGCACUCAUUCAGCUGGACCGUGCAGCCACUCUGAAUGCCAAUGUCCAGGUAGCCCAGCUUCCGACGCAGGGCCAAUCAUUGCCGGCGGGAACUCAGUGCCUGGCCAUGGGCUGGGGUCGCUUGGAUACCAACCAGCCCGCAGCCAGGAUCCUGCAAGAACUGAACGUCACCUUGGUGACUUUCCAAUGCCGGGAGCAUAACGUGUGUACUCUGGCACCCCGUCAGCGGGCAGGCGUCUGUUUUGGGGAUUCUGGGAGCCCUCUCGUCUGCCAGGGAGUGGUCCAGGCUGUGGCUUCCUUCAUCAGAGGUGGCAGAUGCGCCUCUCAGCGAUUUCCAGACUACUUUGCCCGAGUCUCCCUUUACGUGGACUGGAUCAACUCUAUCGUGAAAAGUGUGGAGGAGGAGGAGAAGAAGAAAGAGGAAGAGGGGCAAGUGUCAGGCAGCCCCAUGUGGAGCCUCUGAUCAGCCCUUCCCCCGAGAGCCCCCACACCAUCCUCAGCUCCUGGGAAGGGAGACCCCGGGGGCGGAGGCUGUACGGAGGCUUCCACGUCUACAAGGCGUAGGCACUGGAGAGCUCGGCUUGGCGUCGACAGGUGCGGGUUCGGAGCUCUUCUCUGCCGCUUUCUGGCUGCACCGCAGCCCGCUCUCAGCUCCGCGGUCUGUCAGGUGCGGGCGGUGCGAGUGCCCACCUCACAGGGCUGUUGUGAGGAUCAGUGACACUGUGCAUGGGAAGCAUUUUGUAAAUCUGAAAAGUUCUAAAGAA